ACGAAACUUUAGUGACAUCGAUGACGGUGACCUCAUCCGGAAAGAAAAAACGAAUAACAAUUGGCGACAAAAGAUAUGGACGCUCUGUUUCUCAAAUAUGAAAAAAACAUUUUUUGCGCUUUGAUUCCCUUUCCUAGGAUUGAUAGUGUUUGCGCGAUGUGCUGUGCUCCAAGGUGCUGUUGAUUGUGUCGUACGAGCGAACGCGAAAGUGAAAAAAGUGCGAGUUGAUAGAUGCCGUGAUGGAUGAAGUUUCAAUAAAUGAUCCUGGUGGUGGAGAAGGAGGAAUUUUGACUUGUGCUGGUUGUCUAAAUGCGAUUGACGAUGACGAAUUUGUUCAAGCUCUCAACCAAGAAUGGCAUAUUGACUGUUUUCGGUGCUCAGCAUGCGAUGCAGGAUUAUCGUCCUGGUAUUUCGAAAAAGAUGGUUUGCUCUUCUGCAAAGAUGACUACUGGGCAGCUUAUGGAGAAGCCUGCCAAGGUUGUGGUCAGGUCAUCACUGGGCCUGUCAUGUUGGCAGGUGAUCACAAAUUUCAUCCAGAAUGUUUUGCCUGCGCUUCCUGCGGUGCUUUCAUAGGCGAUGGCGAGAGUUAUGCACUCGUCGAAAGAUCGAAACUUUACUGUGGAGUUUGCUACAAACGACAAAUGCAACCUUUGAAUCGAACUGCCAAUCAUCCUUUUGCAAGGAAGCCUCACAGUAUUCGACUGGUAGAAAUCCCUCCAAAUACGAGUGAUUCCGAAAAACAAAGAGGCAUAAGACUAACAUUGGACACAACACCUAGUCCUCGAAGUUGUGGAGGUGCUCUGCUUCGUAUCUCCGAGUUAAUGAAAAAUGUUCGUGGAAAGAUCUGUAAGCUGGUGGCCUCUGUGAUGGAGGUUCUAUUUAGGCUCUGCUGCCACGUCUCUAAUCAUAGGCUCAAUAUGUCUAGUGAUCUUGUGUCUUUACACAUUGGAGAUCGAAUCUUGGAAGUUAAUGGCACACCUGUAAAAGAUCAACCUAUCGAAAGUAUAGAAAACCUAAUACGAUAUUCGGACUCAGUUUUGCAGUUAACGAUAGAACACGAUCCAGAUGCAGUUUCUCGAAGACCUACAUUUUCAAAUAUUCCGUCCACAGUGAUAACAACAUCGAGUCCUAAAACGAGUCCUGAUAGCAAAGAACGAAUGUUCAAAAGAAGAGAUGAAGGUUAUAUUAGUGGGACCAGAAGCAGACAGUUGAGACGAACAAAGGACCCAGCACAUAAGGAACGAAGUAGUUCUAUGUCGAGAUUACUUGAUGGAACUUCCCCGAACAACACCUGCGAUUUAAGUCGAACGAGAUCGUUUCGAGUUGAACCGAAAAACCAAAGGAUUUUUCGAGCCAGCGAUCUAGUGAAGGGUGAGCUUUUGGGGAAAGGAUUUUUUGGCCAAGUGUAUAAAGUCACUCAUCGAGAUACAAACGAAGUCAUGGUGCUCAAGGAGUUAUAUAGAGUCGACGAAGAAGCGCAAAAGAAUUUUUUGAAAGAGGUCGCAGUCCUUCGAUCCCUACAUCACAACAACGUCCUCCGCUUCAUCGGCGUCCUCUACAAGGACAAAAAACUGCACCUCGUCACCGAAUUCAUAGCAGGUGGUACCCUUCGGGAAUUGCUUCACGACAGCAAUGAACCCUUGCCCUGGGAACAAAGAACCUCCUUCGCAAAAGACAUUGCCGCCGGUAUGGCUUACUUACAUUCCAUGAACAUCAUUCACCGAGAUUUAAAUUCCCACAAUUGUCUCGUGCGUGAAGACAAAACCGUGGUUGUUGCUGAUUUCGGUCUCGCGAGAAUAAUGCAAAAUGGAAGUGCCCUCGACAAAAGAAAGUACAGCAGACAUUCCGACGGCGAGGUUCGAGCUUCCAAAAAGGAACGCAAGAAACGAUACACUGUCGUGGGGAAUCCUUAUUGGAUGGCUCCUGAGAUGAUGAAGGGGAACAAGUACGAUGAGAAGGUCGACAUAUUCAGCUUCGGGAUUGUCGUUUGCGAAAUUAUUGGACGCGUUCAGGCUGAUCCUGACUAUCUUCCCAGGUCUUCGGACUUUGGUCUCAACAAGCACGUCUUCAAGGAGAAAUUCUGUUCCAACUGUCCGGAAACUUUUUACACCAUAGCAUUCCUGUGUUGCGAUUUAAAUCCGGAUAAGAGGCCACCUUUCGAAAUCAUGGAAGUCUGGUUGGAAGGGUUGGCAAUGCACUUGUCAGUUGGGGCCACUCUACCUUCCGAUCUUGAAUUUGAUAUCAGACAUUACACAGGACCAAGUCCUAGUAGCAGUGAGUCUACAACUCCAGAAACUUUAGCUCCUCAGUUAAAACCAAUCACCGAAGGUCAAGUUCACCAGGAAAGGAAACGAGGUGUUUGUAAUGAUAGUACUUUAGAGAGAGAAAUGUCUCCAGAACGAUCCACAGCAGAAGGAGCAGAAACCAUCACAAGGGAAAAGUAUUCGCGGCAAAAUAGUCAGGAGACUGCAGGAAAUUCCGGAAGAAGAGGCAGAAAGUUUUCAGCGGAGAAGAAAGAAUCUGUUCUUGUCUCUCCAGAUGUUAGUGGAUUCAGUGGACGAUAUUUGAGACAGCACAACAGGUCGAAGGGCAAUAAUAAACAUCCAGCAGAGGCUACCAAAGAAAAUUCACUAGAGAACGAGCAUGACGAUGUCAAGCCAGCUCUCGAAAAAAUGAAGUACGUGGGUAAUAUAGACCCUGGAACUGAUUUGAGCCUCUCUAAACAAAUCGGAAUUGAAAAUAAGUAUAAAAUUAACAGUCCUCUGACAUCACAGUCGCAGGAUAAAAUAAAAUUUAAGACUCCAAAUGCUAGCAAUAUUGUCGGCACCUAUCUGAGACAGAUCAGCAAAUCGAAAACCCCAUCUGAAAAGGAGAAUAAAACCGAGAAAGAAAACAAAGCCUGUCGUCGAAAUAAUUCAAACUUGAAGGAAAAUGAUUCUAAAAAAAGUUCUGCGGAUGAGUCUAUUAAUUCGAAACCGACUGGGUGUUACUUGAGGAGAACCAAAAUAUCCCCGACGAAGGAAACGACGAGAAAUGCCUUCUCAAGGGAUGAUUCGAAUUCGAAAGACAAUUCGGAAGUUAAGCGAAAUCAGAAGGAGGAAAUCUUCUACGAAGGUAACAAAAAUGCAGCGUCGAAGAGUUCAAAAUCUUGCCAAAAUUUCCCAACAAAAAUGGAAUCCCAUAAUAGUUUUUCGAGUCCGGAGGAACGGGACUUGAAGAAUAUUCUCGAAAGUAGACUUAAGGCUGUAGAAAUUAGGUUGAAAAAUUCAUCUGUCUCGGUCGAGUUACAGAGAAAAGAUAGUUUUGAAUUGGAUAGUGCAGUGGGUACAAUGAAGAGUGAUUUUUUCUCUGAGCUUGAUUUAGAUAAGUUGAUAGAUGUCAACGAAAUUUCUGAUAUAUGCCACUCUGAGAAGUGUCAUUCAUCCAAUCGGUGUACUUCUCCGAUAGAAAGCACCGCUUUGUAGAAAGACUUGCCCCUAAUUUUAUUUAGAAUUAGAGAAUUUCUUUUCUUUUCAAGUCUGUACUCCUGCGAAGAGUUUUUGCCAUGGAAAUUGUAAAUAAUCAACAGAGAUCUUUUUACGGUCAGUAUUACAUCGAAUCUCUUUUGUAAAUGAUAAAUUUAUAAAUCGAUACCUCCACGUUAAAAGGAGGCUUCUUUAACAUGGAGAUAUCGAAAUGAUGAAUUGAUAAAUGACAUUUAUUGAAUCUCAAGGUCUCUUUCUCAGCUGAAGUCUAAAAUUUGAGUUUUUUUAGUAGUGAUUUCAGGAGGAAGAAAUAUCUGCGUGGGUUCCUGAAUCCUAAAUUAAUACAUUCCCAGCGACGAUUCCAGAUACGAGAUUGUAUUAUUAAAGCUAAGAUACAGUAGUAAGCUUCCAGUGAAAGCAUUCCAUCCAGGAUUUUGAUUUUUGAGAAUAAUUUGAUAUUUGUCAGAAAGAGAAUGAAGUCUUGAUAAAUUGAUACCUAUCAUUCUGGGCUAAGUUCUUGAAAAAAGUGCAACGAGACUGAGUCUAGCUUGAAAAGUUUUGAUGAUAAUAUUAGUAAGGAGUGUGUGCUUCCUAAAUGAAUUUAGAGUAGAGAAUAAAAUAUUUAAAUAACCCAGGCUCGUGUAAGGAUUCUUGUAAAUAGGCUAAGGGUAAAUAUUUGCCAGGAGUUCUAAAAAAUAUUAACUUGUAAACAACUUUGGUCAAAAUUCGUGUGAAGAAUUUUAAUUAUUGUCUGGAUUGUACCAAUGGAAUUCAUAAAAUUGGAAAUAUUGCCAAGUACAAAAAGGUUUACAAUAAUUGUAAAUGUAGGAAUUGUUAACAUCAAACUCUUUUAAAAUUAUUUUCAAUUGAAAUUGAUGAAUUUAAAAUGCUUUUAAAGAAAUGCUCAGAAGAGAACUUGUUCCCCUUUAACCACUUUCACGUUACAAUUGUUUAAUUUUUAGAUUUCGUUUUGGAAUAGCUUAGUUUUUAAUGAGCAAGUGUUCAAUUUUGAAUGAUUUAUUUAUUUUUUAAACAUUUUCUACUUGAAAGAGUUCAAUUUUUGUAUACAUCAAUUUGAAAUCUCACACAGUAGAACUUAAUUUUUUAUUGGGCUAUUCAAUGUUAAUUUUCUACAAGGGAUUUCAAAUAAACGUUAAAACAAUUUUGAAGUUCCAAUUCUGCAAGUACAUGAAAUUGAACAACUUCAAAUGUACAACUUACAAAAUGCAACGAUUCAAAACUAUACCAAUCCAAAAUCAAUAAAUUAAAAAUUAAAGAAUUUUAAAUUGGAAGCUUUCAAUAAUUAACGUGUGUAAUUGUAAUAUUAAAGUUGAUUAAAGUAGAAGGCUUAGAAAGGAAACAGGUUUCCAUUUAAAAUUUAAUUUUGUUGUAAUCAAACUUAGUAUUAAAAUAUUUAACACCUGAAGUUUUCAAAAUUGAACAUUUCUGUAUUGAAUCCGAUGAACUUUAAAAAUAUCAACCUAAAAGCGUUUGAUAUUACAAAAUUGUUAUAUUUGGAAAAAUAAACAUUUUUAACGUUUUAAAAUUAAAAAAAUUAAUAAUUAAAAUUUUACACUGAUUGCAGAAGUCUAAACAAUUGUUCUUAAACUUUGUAACAUACCAGAUCUCUAAAUUCUCGAAUAUUUUAGAACACUAUAUUUGCAAUUGUUAAUUCACUUUUAAGUGAUUUAUUGAAGCAAAUUACACGAAGGCUGGGGAAAAUAAGUGCACGAAUGCAAGUUAACGUUAGGAAACGUUUUUUUUUCUUUCUACUAGGGCACUAUAGAAGUAUCGAAUUCGUUUUACCCCGUACAUCGAGUUUUGAAAAACAAUGACCUGAAACAUUGUAUUGUAUAAAUUACGAUGAUUUGUACAUAUAAAAUAAUAUAGCAGCUAGAGUUAAUCAGGCUUUAAGUUUCGGAGUUAAGGCGUAUGUAACAGUAUUAACGCCAUAUUUAAAAUUUUAACACGAUUAUUUUAAAAAGUACUGAAAUUUGAAAAGGGUUUAAUAAGGCCCUCUAAAUCGGAGAUCAAUUAUUAUACAGAAGAUAAAAUUGCCAGCUCUCUUACAAGACUUUAAAGAUUGCUAUUGCUAUCAUAUUUAUUGUUUAUCACAAAAGUGCUAUGUAGUAGUUUAUUUAAUUACUCAAAUUUUAAACACGUUGAGUGACUCAGACAUUUUUUUAAAUAAUUUUUUUUACUGAUGAUAUAAAUGUUUUUGCUAUGGGAAGUAUGAACAUUUAUACGUUCACGAGAGACAUUAUACACUGUUUUUUAGAAUCAAAUUUAGUUGUUUAAAGUUGUAAAAUUUAUUUAAUUGAUGUUUUUAUAAAGAGUAAAAGUUAGAAAUUAAGCAAGGCUUUUUUUACUUUUGAUACACGUAAAUGAAUUUGAGAAAUGUGCUUUUAACCUUCAUUUUUAAGCUUUUAAAUAAUUUAGAAGCAAUCCAAAAAGUUAUGAACGAUUUCCCAAAAAAUUUCUUUCAUGCUUAAACUUUAAACCCAAAAAGAUUUAUAUGAAGUUAACAGUGCUGACUAAUGUACAUAAAAAUAUCAGACUGCAAUAAGUACUUUAACUUUUAAUGUUUAAAUUAUAAUUAUAUGUGAAUCUUGUUCAGAAACUGAUUUGUGAUUCCUUGAAACUUAACAAAAUUUAGACUGGCUUUGGUAAGAGUUCGAUAUUUAAAAUUAUUCUAAAAUAUGUAGAUAUAUAGAUUUUAGUGAUUUCAAGGUUUUGCAAUGUAGUUUUGACGAACAAGUUUAAAAAUUAGAAAAUUUUUUUUUCACGAAUUGAUUAUAAUGUAGCUGCAAUUAAAUCCACUUGAUGAAAUUGAUAUUUCACUAUGAAACUUGUAAUCGUGUCUAUAUGUACAUGUAUAUGAAUGAUGUACAAUAAUACUGAAAAAAGGAACCGCUAAGUUUUUCUAAAUCCUACACUGAAUUAUAUUUUUUUAUAGUUAAUUAAUAUAUACGAUGAAAAUGCAGAUGUAUUUUUAAUACCCUUCGAUUUGUUUCAGGAAACUGUAUAAACGUUGUUGCCUGUGAUAGAAAAUAUUCUGAAAUUUGUUUAAUUAGCAUACAUUAUAAUUGUACGUUUGUAGUGAUGUAACAUACCUUUAAAAUAAGGUUUUACCACCAUGUAGAAUACUCACAUUACAGGAAACAAUAAAGAGUUGUCUCUAAAUUA